AUUAAUGACUUUCUCAAUAAGUCUGUCUAAUAUUUAUUUAUAUAAAUAUUUGAGUGAUUAGACUACUACCGGGGUUUAAGAAUGCAUGUUUUUUUCUUUGGAGAAUUCUUAUUUGUUUUCUUCUGAAAGAUUUGAGCUUUAGUUUUUAAAUCCUCCAUUAAUGGCCAUGUGAAGCUCCUACGCCAAAAUAUUGAGGAAAGGAGGAUUUCUUAUGGAAAUAUAGGUAGCUACGACGAAGAUCACAGAUCCGCCAUGGAAGGCCAACUGAGAAAGCUUGUUCAGAAAGAUCUUCUUCUUCUUCUCAUUGUUCUUGAAGCCUCUUUUCUUUCAGUGGUUUUAGGUGCCACGGACCCAGACGACUUGGCUAUUCUGAACCAGUUCCGUAAAGGGAUGAAGAAUCCGGAGCUUCUCAAAUGGCCGGAAAAUGACGACCCAUGUGGGACUCCGAAAUGGCCCCAUGUCUUUUGCCAAGGUGACAGGGUAACCCAGAUUCAAGUUCAGGAAUUGGGCCUCGAAGGUCCUCUUCCCCAGAAUUUGAACCAGCUCGCUAUGUUAGAAAACAUCGGUUUUCAGAGGAACAAGUUUUCUGGGCCGGUUCCGUCAUUUUCCGGGCUUAAGAACCUCCAGUGGCUGUUCUUGGAUUACAACAACUUUGAUUCAAUUCCGGGAGAUUUCUUUGAUGAGCUUGACUCUUUGAUGGUUUUAGCAUUGGAUGGGAACAGCUUCAAUGGCAGUAUUGGGUGGAUGUUCCCGCCUCAGCUGGCGGAUUCAGCUCAGUUGGUGAAUCUCACUUGUUCGAGCUGCAAUUUAGUUGGUCCUUUGCCUGAUUUUCUCGGGAAAAUGUCGUCUCUACAAGUGUUGGAACUUUCCGGGAAUACGUUGUCCGGUGAAAUCCCGGCAAGUUUUAAAGACCUGACAUUGAGCAAACUUUGGCUGAACAAUCAAAAUGGUGGAGGAAUGACUGGUCCAAUCGAUACCCUUACAGCGAUUGAAUCCCUCAGUGUUUUGUGGCUCCAUGGGAAUCAAUUCAAUGGUAAAAUCCCAGAAAGCAUUGGUAAUUUAACUUCUUUGAAAGAUCUCAAUCUCAAUGGUAAUCAGUUAGUAGGGUUAGUUCCCAAUGGUUUGGCAGAUUUGGAGUUGGAUAAAUUAGAUUUGAGCAACAACCAUCUGAUGGGUCCAAUUCCAAAGUUUAAAGCAGCUAAUUAUUCCUAUGGUUCUAAUGCAUUUUGUCAAACUAAAGAGGGGCUUCUUUGUAAUCCGGAAGUCAUGGCUUUGAUAGAGCUUCUUGAUGGGUUGAAUUAUCCACUGAGGCUAGUUUCUGAAUGGUCUGGUAAUGACCCUUGUCAGGAUUGGUUUGGAAUUACUUGUGAUCGUGGUAAGGUCUCUGUUAUUAAUUUGCCUAAGCUAAAUCUAAAUGGUACAUUGAGUCCUUCCUUGUCAAAAUUAGAUUCUCUUAAACAAGUUAGGCUACAGAAUAACAAUUUGAGAGGUUCAAUCCCUGAGGAAUGGACUAGUUUGAAAUCUUUGACAUUGUUGGAUCUUAGUAGUAACAAUCUUUCCCCUCCUCUGCCAACUUUCAGUAGCUCUGUAAAAAUUGUCAUUGAUAUGAAUCCCCUGCUAAAUGGUGGUCCAGCUAAGACAGUUCCAUCACCAGAGAGUAGUCCAGCUGGGGCAGCCCCAGCCGGAGCUACCCCAACCGGGUCUGGGGGAUCAACAUCUUCACCCAAAUCCAGUAAUAAUCCAUCUUCCUCAUCAUCAAGCUCACGGAAUACCAAUGCUAGUUCUGUGCCACAAAAAAAUUCUAAUAGGUCUAGCUUAGUUCCUAUUGUUGUUCCUAUUGCCAGUGUUGCAGUGGCUGCGAUUUUGCUAGUAAUUCCAUUAUCUGUCUACUAUUGUAAGAAGAGAAAAGAUGCUUUGCCUCCAAAUUCUCUUGUUGUUCACCCAAGAGAUUCAUCUGAUCCAGAAAAUAUGUAUAAGAUUGCUGUUGCAAGUAAUACAAAUGGGAGCGCUUCCACCGCCACAGGGAGUGAUUCGACAAGCAGAAUCAGCAGUGGAACGGGUGAGUCUCAUGUCAUAGAAGCUGGAAAUCUAGUUAUAUCAGUUCAAGUUCUUCGAAAUGUGACUAAGAAUUUCGCCCCGGAGAAUGAGCUUGGUCGUGGAGGCUUUGGAGUGGUUUAUAAGGGAGAAUUGGACGAUGGCACAAAAAUAGCUGUGAAAAGAAUGGAGUGUGGGGUGAUUAGCUCCAAAGGUGUUGAUGAAUUCCAGUCUGAAAUUGCAGUUCUUUCGAAAGUCAGGCACCGUCAUUUAGUAUCCCUUUUGGGUUAUUCCGUUGAAGGCUAUGAGAGACUUCUUGUUUAUGAGUUUAUGCCACAAGGGGCUCUUAGCAAGCAUCUUUUCCAUUGGAAAAGUUCCAAGAUUGAGCCUCUCUCUUGGAAAAGAAGGCUAAAUAUAGCCUUGGAUGUUGCUAGGGGGAUGGAGUAUCUACAUGAUCUUGGUCACCAGAGCUUCAUACACAGGGAUCUCAAAUCAUCUAACAUUUUACUCGGUGAUGAUUUUAGGGCAAAAGUCUCAGAUUUUGGAUUGGUGAAACUGGCUCCUGAUGGUGAAAAAAAAUCAGUAGUGACCAGACUUGCUGGGACUUUCGGUUACUUAGCCCCAGAAUAUGCUGUGACUGGAAAGAUCACAACAAAAGCAGAUGUCUUUAGCUUCGGUGUUGUGCUAAUGGAGCUAUUGACUGGAAUGAUGGCACUUGAUGAAGAUAGGCCUGAAGAGAAACAGUACUUAGCUGCAUGGUUCUGGCACAUAAAAUCAAACAAGGAUAAACUAAUGGAGGCUAUCGACCCUGCGCUUGAAAUAAACGAAGAAGCAUUCGAGAGCAUUGCCAUCAUUGCUGAAUUAGCCGGGCAUUGCACUGCAAGAGAGCCAAACCAAAGGCCGGACAUGGGGCACGCUGUAAGUGUACUAUCCCCACUGGUCGAAAAAUGGAAACCACUUGAUGAUGACACCGAGGAAUACUCGGGGAUCGAUUAUAGCCUACCCCUUAACCAGAUGGUAAAGGAUUGGAAAGAAGCAGAGGAAAUAGACUUCAGUUACAUUGAUCUGGAGGACAGCAAGGGUAGCAUACCAUCCAGACCAACUGGGUUUGCAGAGUCUUUUACUUCUUCUGAUGGUAGAUAAAAGAGAAACUCCAUUUCCAUUGGCCUUUAUUUUUGUUUUUUCCUUUACUUCUUCCCCAAAUUGUUGUUAUUUUGUUAGGUGUAGAUAUCAUGUGGUGUUCAUUCUGUUUGGGAAUUUAAGAUGUUGAUAAGUUUUAGUUUUUAUUGUUUUUCUUUUGUGGGAAGAAUGAGAGUUUGUGAAUUGUGAAAUCUCAAAAACCUUCAAGUUUCAUGCCAAGUGGUUAUGUAGAUACAAAUCAUCAUGAACUGAAAAAGACCGGUUAUUGAUUAUGGUUAAGAUCAA